AUGUUUAAAGCUCUACCAAUCAUACACCACAUUUAUGUGUAUACCACUGCUACUACCACUACUACUACUACUACUACUACUACUACUACUACUACUACUACUACUACUACUACUACUACUACUACUACUACUACUACUACUACUACUACUACUACUACUACUACUACUACUACUACUACUACUACUACUACUACUAAUACUACUACUACUACUGCUACUACUACUACUACCACAAUAACUGCUACUUCUACUACUACUACAUUAACUUCCACUGCUACUACUGCAAUAAUUACUUCUACUACUACUACUACAAUAACUAAUACUACUGCUAUUACUACUACUACCAUAACUACUACUACUACUACUACUACUACAAUAACUACUACCAUAACUACUACUACGACUACUACCAUAACUACUACUACGACUACUACCAUAACUACUACUACUAAUACUACUACUACUACUACUACAAUAACUACUACUACUACUACUACAAUAACUACUACUACUACUACUACCAUAACUACCAAUACUACUACCAUAACUACUACUACUACUACUACCAUAACUACUACUACUACUACUACUACUACUACUACUAAUACUACUACUACUACCAUAACUACUACUACUACUACUACCAUAACUACUACUACUACUAAUUCUAUUACUACUACUACUACCAUAAAUACUACUACUACUAAUACCAUAAAUACUACUACUACUACUAAUACUACUACUACCAUAACUACUACUACUACUACUACCAAAACUACUACUACUACUACUACCAUAACUACUACUACUACUACUACUACUACCAUAACUACUACUACUACUACCAUAAGUACUACUACUACUACCAUAAAUACUACUACUACUACUACUACUACCAUAACUACCAAUACUACUACCAUAACUACUACUACUACUACUACCAUAACUACUACUGCUACUACUACCAUAACUACUACUUCUACUGCUACUACCAUAACUACUACUACUACUACUACCAUAACUACUACUACUACUACUACCAUAAAUACUACUACUACUACUACCAUAACUACUACUACUACUACUACCAUAACUACCAAUACUACUACCAUAACUACUACUACUACUACUACCAUAACUACUACUACUACCAUAAGUACUACUACUACUACCAUAACUACUACUACUACUACUACCAUAACUACUACUACUACUACUACCAUAACUACUACUACUACUACUACCAUAAAUACUACUACUACUACUACUACCAUAACUACUACUACUACUACCAUAAGUUCUACUACUACUACAAUAAAUACUACCACUAUUACUACUACUACCAUAACUACUACUACUACUAAUUCUAUUACUACUACUACUACCAUAACUACUACUACUACUAAUACCAUAAAUACUACUACUACUACUACUACUACUACUACUACUACUACCAUAACUACUACUACUACUACUACCGUAACUACUACUACGACUACUAACAUAACUACUACUACCACUACUACCAUAACUACUACUACUACUACUACCAUAACUACUACUACUACUACUACUACCAUAACUACUACUACCACUACUACCAUAACUACCAAUACUACUACCAUAACUACUACUACUACUACUACCAUAACUACUAAUACUACUACUACUACCAUAAGUACUACUACUACUACUACCAUAACUACUACUACUACUACUACCAUAACUACUACUACUACUACUACCAUAACUACUACUACUACUACAAUAAAUACUACUACUACUACUACUACUACCAUAACUACUACUACUACUACCAUAAGUACUACUACUACUACCAUAACUACUACUACUACUACUACUACCAUAACUACUACUACUACUACUACCAUAAGUACUACUACUGCUACAAUAAAUACUACUACUACUACUACUACGACCACUACUACUACCACUACUACUAAUUCCACUACUACUACUACUACUACCAUAACUACUACUACUACUACUACCAUAAAUACUACUACUACUACUACUACUACUACUACCAUAACUACUACUACUACUACUACCAUAACUACUACUACUACUACUACCAUAACUACUACUACUACUACUACCAUAAAUACUACUACUACUACUACUACUACUACUACCAUAACUACUACUACUACUACUACCAUAACUACUACUACUACUACUACCAUAACUACUACUACUACUACUACCAUAACUACCAAUACUUCUACCAUAACUACUACUACUACUACUACCAUAACUACUACUACUACUACUACUACUACCAUAACUACUACUACUACUACUACUACUACCAUAACUACUACUACUACUACUACCAUAAAUACUACUACUACUACUACCAUAACUACUACUACUAAUUCUAUUGCUACUACUACUACCAUAACUACUACUACUACCAAUACCAUAAAUACUACUACUACUACUAACAUAACUACUACUACUACUACUACCAUAACUACUACUACGACUACUACCAUAACUACUACUACUACUACUACUACCAUAACUACUACUACUACUACUACCAUAACUACUACUACUACUACUACCAUAACUACUACUACUACUACUACUACCAUAACUACCAAUACUACUACCAUAACUACUACUACUACUACUACCAUAACUACUACUACUACUACUACCAUAACUACUACUACUACUACUACUACCAUAACUACUACUACUACUACUACCAUAACUACUACUACUACUACCAUAACUACUACUACUACUACAAUAAAUACUACUACUACUACUACUACCAUAACUACUACUACUACUACUACCAUAACUACUACUACUACUACUACUACUACCAUAACUACUACUACUACUACCAUAACUACUACUACUACCAAUACCAUAAAUACUACUACUACUACUACCAUAACUACUAAAACUACUACUACCAUAACUACUACUACUACUACUACCAUAACUACUACUACUACUACCAUAAGUACUACUACUACUAUCAUAAAUACUACUACUACUACUAAUAUUACUACCAUAACUACUACUACUACUUCUACCAUAACUACUACUACUACUACUACCAUAACUACUACUACUACUAACAUAUCUACUACUACUACUACCAUAAGUACUAAUACUACUACAAUAAAUACUACUACUCCUACCAUAACUACUACUACUACUACCAUAAGUACUACUACUACUACCAUAAUUACUACUACUACUACUACCAUAACUACUACUACUACUACCAUAAAUACUACUACUACUACCAUAACUACUACUACUACUACUACCAUAACUACUACUACUACUACUACUACCAUAACUACUACUACUACUACUACCAUAACUACUACUACUACUACUACCAUAACUACUACUACUACUACUACCAUAACUACUACUACUACUACUACCAUAACUACCAAUACUACUACCAUAACUACUACUACUACUACUACCAUAACUACUACUACUACUACUACCAUAACUACUACUACUACUACUACUACCAUAACUACUACUACUACUACUACCAUAACUACUACUACUACUACCAUAACUGCUACUACUACUACAAUAAAUACUACUACUACUACUACUACCAUAACUACUACUACUACUACUACCAUAACUACUACUACUACUACUACUACUACCAUAACUACUACUACUACUACCAUAACUACUACUACUACUACUACCAUAACUACUACUACUACUACUACCAUAACUACUACUACUACUACUACCAUAACUACUACUACUACUACUACCAUAACUACUACUACUACUACCAUAAGUACUACUACUACUACCAUAAAUACUACUACUACUACUAAUACUACUACCAUAACUACUACUACUACUACUACCAUAACUACUACUACUACUACUACCAUAACUACUACUACUUCUAACAUAUCUACUACUACUACUACCAUAAGUACUAAUUCUACUACAAUAAAUACUACUACUCCUACCAUAACUACUACUACUACUACCAUAAGUACUACUACUACUAUCAUAAUUACUACUACUACUACUACCAUAACUUCUACUACUACUACCAUAAAUACUACUACUACCAUAACUACUACUACUACUACUACCAUAACUACUACUACUACUACUACUACCAUAACUACUACUACUACUACUACCAUAACUACUACUACUACUACUACCAUAACUACUACUACUCCUACCAUAAGUACUACUACUACUACCAUAAAUAUUACUACUACUACUACUACUACCAUAACUACUACUACUACUACCAUAAAUACUACUACUACUACCAUAACUACUACUACUACUACUACCAUAACUACUACUAUUACUACUUCCAUAACUACUACUACUACUACUACUAACAUAACUACUACUACUACUACUACUACCAUAACUACUGCUACUACUACUACCAUAACUACUACUACUACUACUACUACUACCAUAACUACUACUACUACUACCAUAACUACUACUACUACUACUACCAUAACUACUACUACUACCAUAACUACUACUACCACUACUACUACUACUACUACUACUACUACCAUAACUACUACUACUACUACAGUGCUACAAUGGAGUCUUUUGCAGUUGAAUAUAAUAAGUAUUGAGAACUCUUGA